AUGGCAGGUGGACAUUCUUCUCCAUCUUACGAGAACCUGUCGAGACCUACCAGGACCGACGACCUCGUUGGACGUCUAUUGAGCCCUGCCACUAGCUCUAACGAGAGAAGGGCAUUGGAAGCAUGGGCAAAGGCCAUGGUCCAAAUCUUCCAAGAUGACCCUAAAAACUCAUAUAUUUUCGAAGCGGCCCAUCUAUCCUGGUGUGCUCCUGAGAAGGAAUAUGUGGAUCUUCUAGCAGCAUUUUCAAACGUCAUCAUCCAAGGGACAAAUGACGGGAAUAUACUCGAAUCAACACUCCUCACUAGUUUCGCCCAUGUCCUUCGUCGAGCUCCGAGUACACUAUCGGCCGAAACUGCAAAACUCGGAUCCGUCCUACAGUGUCUUCAAACAAGGCUAGAAAAUGCUGUCAAACGAGCUGAGAUCGAGACCCAGUAUCAGCUCGUGUAUAUGUUGUCUGUCGUCCUGGAUGCCAUGGUGGAUAUUCGUGUUUCUGGUCUCAGCAGAGAAGGUUUACAUGAACCUCUUCUCAAGCAAUUAGAGCCCCUGAAGAAUCAUCGAGAGCCUCGACUUUCCCAAGCAGCCCGCUAUGCUUAUCAAGCCUUGCUGGGUGUUCCGGACGACGAAAGUCCUUAUGAAGCACUUUGGCGCUACAGCUGUACAAUCAUCAACGCUACAGCAAAUAUCAGCGCCGCUGUUAUGACUAUGGAUGUGACGAAAUUCCUUAGUGCUACUCCAGCCCUAAUGGAACUGCUAUCUCUGGUCAAGAAGAUAGCCAAAGCGGCACCGGGGGGACCUCAGUCCCGAAGUCUACAGAGUCUCGUCGACGGUAUGAUCAGCCUGUGUCAACAGAAACGCUGGUAUACGGCCCUUCGCUAUACCGAACUGUUGAUAGAGAUCGAAGAAUUCGAAGUACUUACGGUCUUUAUUGAGAGGUCGCCUUGUCGAGAAGAUGAGUCGUUCUUUUGUGGCUUAUUCGCUCAGCUCGAGCUGGCCUGGAUGACUGGCGAUGGAUCAGAUCAGAAGCAGAUCCUGCAGUUGACUGCGCGUCUAAUACGACAAAUAAGGCCGAAUUGGCGACGCGCUCAGGACUGGGUCAAAUUAGUUGCAGGCACUAUGGAGCAAUCCAGUUGGAGAGAAAGCUUCUGCAAGAAUCGACACAGAUUGAGAAUUUGGAAGAACAAGGACUACGAAUCAAGACUGAGUCGGUUUCCUACUGAGAUGGUAAAAACACACCAUCUGUCAGCAAAGUUGCUGGAAAGUGCUUGGCUUCAAUGCCAUGAAGCUCAGCAGUUCUAUGCUGAUAGCAGAAUACGACAUUAUUACACUCAGCGCAGGCUGCUUGAUAUUAAACGACUCUCCGGUGACCUUCUCGAUAUGGCGUACUGUUAUAUCAAUCUUGCUAUCAUAGAACACGAAGGGAGUGAGUCCACAAAGGAGCUAUACGGUGACAAUGUGGAGAGUAACUCUUCAGCAUUUACACUCUUCAGCCGUCUCAAAGUGAAGGAAUCCGAUAUAAAACCGGAAAUUAUCCUGCCGCAUCUAUUCAGAAAAAGAGAAAAGUCAGACGGUAGCAUGAUUCGGCCCAGGAGGAUUCUUAUUCGUGGACGUGCAGGAGUAGGAAAAACCACACUGUGCAAAAGGAUUGUCCACGACUUCAUAUAUGAGAGAAUGUGGGAGGACGAAUUUGACCGAGUGCUUUGGGUCCCUUUGAGAAAGCUCAAAGAGAGAUCAACGCUGCAGCAGUUCAUCUACGAUGAAUAUUUCUCCAUGCACCGUGAGCGCGAUAUCCUAGCCCCGGCAUUAUGGAAAACUAUCUGCGACCAGGGCGAUAGUAGAACCUUGUUCAUCCUCGAUGGAUUGGAUGAGAUUUCUGGGGAGCGUAAUUCUUCUGGAAUUGACCUGGUUGAAACCUUCAAAAACUUGCUGAAUCGACAGAACGUCAUCAUCACUUCCCGGCCACAUGCUGUACAUCUGCCCGUCCUUGAACCGUUUGAUCUGGAAUUGGAAACCGUCGGGUUCCAUUCAGACCAAGUUGACAGUUAUCUGAGCAAGGUUGUCGGUGACGAAGAUACGGCACGAGAAAUGCGGUCAUUUAUUCAGAGCCAUUGGCUUAUUCAGGGGUUGGUCCAGAUUCCAAUCCAACUCGAUGCAUUGUGCUACAGUUGGGACAGUGAUUUCUCUUUUCGAGGUCCACCAGAGACAAUGACAGCGCUGUAUCAGGCGAUCGAGCUGAAAUUGUGGACAAAGGAUAUUCUGCAACUGGGCAAACCAAAGGAUAGUCCGUUGUCCGAAUUUGACCUGCCCUACGUAUCCCCUGCAGAGAUUCUGUCGAUAAUCGAAGAAGAGGAUACGCUCCUGCAGUCUUUGGCUUUCACCGGGAUAUAUAAUGAUAUCAUCGAAUUCAACGCCCAGCAUCGAGACGAGGUUUACAAGCACUGCAAGCUUGUCACCCCGCUCUUAUCGCGGAAUCUAGUGAGGCUCUCUUUCCUGCGCACGGCGGACUCCUCAGCCAGGGAGAAGGAUAAGUCUUACCAUUUUCUCCAUCUUACCUUUCAGGAAUACUUCGCAGCGAAGUAUUUUCUGAGCUGCUGGAAAAAUGGAAAAGAGCUACUGUGCUUCAAUUUUAGCCUCGCAAAGCAAAAGCGUGUGACAUAUGUCACACCGGAGAUGUUCCUUCAGCAGGAGAAGUAUGACGGGCGCUACGAUAUUUUUUGGCGUUUUGUGUCUGGGUUACUCCAAGACCACGAUGAAGAACGACUGCACACAUUCUUUGAAAUGCUGCGGAGUGCGCCAUCAGACCUAUUGGGCCCAGGACAUCAGCGGAUUCUAAUGCACUGUCUCAGUGAGGUCCCUCCCAUGUCAUCGUUUGGUGAUACCCGCACAGAAAUAGAAAAUCAAUUGAAACAAUGGGCGUUUUUCGAAUACGAGCUCCACAAGAAAAUGGAACUCUGUCGUGGAAUGGAGUUUCCUGAUCAUCUGCUGGAUACUAUGCUGGAGGAAGGAGCCGAGGACGUCAAAGAGCACAUCUUGAAAGUUUUGAGAGAUCGAGCACGGAUUUCGCCUCUCAUUUUGAACAGGGUGUUGUCCUUUCUUGAAAAUGGCACUCCGGGAGUUUUGACAUCAGCGGCACUUUAUGCACUCGGAAACAGAGACACAGUGCUACCGGAACAUAUCCUCCCAGUAAUACUGACCCGGCUUCAUGCUCCCGAGGCAACUAUCAGAGAACAUGCAAGUGUUGCUUUGAGCCAGAGAACCUUACAAGAACAUAUCGUCCAGGAAAUUCUGCACAAGCUGGAUGAUGCUAGCACGGGUACCCGAGAGUCAGCGGCACGCGCUCUAUCCAAGCAAAGAUUGCCAGAUCGUGUGCUCCAGGUGCUUAUGUCUCAGCUAGACGACGCAGAUGCUGACAGAAAACAACUUGCGCUUCGAAUUUUAAGCAAUCAAUGCUUGCCAGAGCAUAUAUUGCAAAAAUUAAUAUGUCGACUGCAGGAUAUCAAUCCAGAUACACGAAUAAGUGCGGCUGAAAUCCUAAGGGACCAAGAUCUGCCGGACAAUGUCUUUCUAAAUGUGUUGUUACGGAUAAAAGACCCUGUUCAGGAUGUCAGGACGUCGGUAUUACAUGCAGUGGGUAUCAGAUUAUUGUCCGACGAUUUGACUCGAAUACUGGUAUCUUACUGUCGAGAUACCAACGAAAAUGUGGACACAAGAGAAGCUGCACUUUGGGGCCUAGCGAGAAAACCCAUCUUUUCAGACUCUAUUCUUCGGGAAAUAACAUGCUUACUCCGCGAUACCGACACGCGACUGAAAAAGGCUGUUCUUUGGGUCCUUAACAAUCGGAGAACCCCGCUGCCAGGCGAUGUAGUCAGAGAAGUUGUAUCCAAGCUGGAGGAUCCUGAUGAAGAUGUCAGAUACGAUGCACAGUAUACCCUACGUGGCCUAACUUUACGGGAUAAUGUUCUGCAGGAUGUCAUAUCUCAAGUAUCCAAGUUGACGAAGAUCGAUCCGGACUCCAGAGAUGAUAUUAUUUACACCUUGUGCAGCAGAACGUGCGUUCUGCAGGCGGAUAUCCUUCGGCAUACUUUAUCCUUGCUAGGGGCCGUUGACCAACAUGACAGGAAAUAUGCAACGCUUGUGCUAGCCCGCGAGACUACUUUGCCGCAGCACGUUCUUCCACUGGUGACCUCCCGACUAGAGGAUAGUGACAGUGACGUAAGGCGACAUGCAGCUGAUGUCUUACGAAAUCAAACCACUUUGCCAGAGCACAUCCUCCGGGCUGUGGUAUCCCGACUGGAAGAUACUUGGCUACACCCGAGGUCUUCUGUUGUUGAUACUAUAGUCAACCGAGCUGACCUGCCGGUGCCUAUUCUACAAAUGAUAGUCGACAGACUUCCCCACAUCCCUCAUUUGGUACGUCUAAGGAUCGUGCGUAUGUUGAUGAGCUAUGAUUAUUUCUACGACAAUUUUCCGGGUUUUGGUACAGAAGUUCUGCGGUUGUUAUAUGGGGCAUGGAUCGAACGAAGCUUUGACGAGCAGUUCAGCUGUUACGUGCAGCAUGGCAGUCUAUAUAUAAAUACGUCGGAAGGACGAAGAAUCGUUCCGUUUGCGUCAAAUAUAGACCGUGUUCUAAGCGCUUUUCGGCAGGAGGCUGCGGCCUUAGGGAGCCCUAUGGGUGUGGCUGGUUCAUGGGCAGUGAGUUGA